CGUUUUGAUGAACUCGCGCCAGUCAUAUAGCGAAACAAACCAAGAAUUUACAGACAUAUUUUAAAAAGGAAAAGUUUGAACAAAUUAAAAAGAAUUCAUUAAAAAUAAUUAAAAAGAAUAGGAACACUAGUGCUAGUGAAGUGAAGAAAAGGGCGAAGAAAAGAACACCCUACAGUGAUCUGUGGAGUGAAAAAAAAGGAAAAAAAAAACUAGACUAAAAUAAGCCCACUGGGUGGAGGGCACCCCACACCAUAAUCCAGUACCCAAACCGUACGGAAGGCUCAGCUACAGAGCCCCAUCACCACCUACGAGCACCAAUCUCGCCAAACGACAACCAGCACCAUCCACAGCAGCCGCAAUCAAGAUGCAGAGGAGGUAUUUGUGAUGUUGUGGCAACAAAAAGUGGAUGACUUGAGGGGGCCCAGAAAAAACAGCCAUGUCUAUCAGGAGAUGGCGGCAGAAAUGCAGAUGCAAGGAUAUGAUGUCAAUUCCUCAUCUGUCAAAAUUAAGAUUGACAAUUUGACGGCAAAAUAUAGGAAGGCCAAGGCAGGUAUGGGGACGACUGGAGGCUCACCUGCUUCUUGGCAUUUAUUUGAGCAGGUGCACCAAAUAAUUGGUGGCUUCUCCAUCAAUAACGUGGAAGAGCUGAUAGAAGAGAGUUUUGAAGAUUCGAUGUCAUCAUCCCCGACAAAUAUCUCGCCGCUUUUUCCUUCUCUUCCCCAGCUGUCGCCAUCACCGUCGUGUUCAUCACCACUGCCGUCAGGAUCGGGAGGGGCAACACUUCCCCCAUCAAUAUCAAGCGCAGCAACAUCUACCAGAUCUGGAAAACAAAAACAGAUGGAUCGAUUAGUGACGAUUUGUGAGGGUAUCCAAAGCAAUUUUUCGGAGGCUAUGGAAAAAUUCACAAAAUCGAACGAUGAAUUGGUCGAAAUAGAAAAGGCAAAGCUAGUCGCAAUGCAGGAACUGCAGAGGGAUGCAAGAAGGCUGACGGAUGGACUACUUUAUUUUUUAAAUAUAUUUUAAGGAAAUAGUAUGUAGAAAUUAGACUGAAUUAUUUUGUUUUUAUUUUUGAAGUAGAUAUUAAGGAAAUAGUAUAUAAGGUUUUGAGAAUUGCACUGAAUUAUUUUGUUUACAUUUUUGAAGUAGAUUUUAAGUAUAUAGAUUUUAAGGAAUUAGUAAGUAAGGUUUUGAGAAUUGGACUGAAUUGUUUUGUUUACAUUUUUGAAGUAGAUUUUAAGUAUAUAGAAAGUAAGAUUUUGUGAACUGAAGUGCUUGGAUUUGAAAUUGUGAUAACAUUUUGCUAGAGUACCUUUUUCCUUUUUUAAAACUAAAAGUUUUUUUUUUUACUUCGCGUCAAGAUAAAAAGACAUGA